GAGCUUCAUUCAACGGUCCAAAAGCCAUACACGUCGCAUCCUACCACCAGCAUAUCGUCCCUGUCCAGGACCAGGAGGCCUUAUCCUGCGCCCGCUCCAUUAUUCACUCUUACUCACUCUCCUCACACCGUCAUGGCCGCCGGGUUACAGCCACCCGAAUCCCCCAGCAUUACUAUCUCCACCAAGCCUGCCACUGCAACUACAACAGCUGUAUCGCCUUUAGAGACCGAGAACGCUGGCCCAGCCCCACAAUCACCUCCGGCACCAAAACGGCAACGCCGGCCCAGCGUCCGUCUCGGCGAGAUCGGGGAACAACCGACCUCUUUCUCCUAUGACACGCACGUGCGCCGCACCAAGCACACCUGGCGUCUUCCUAAAGACUCCUUCAAGUCCGUCAAGGCUCGGUCUUUAACCAACCUAGUAAACGGCAGUGAGAGCUAUGAAAUCCAAGAACCAGAGGGAGAUGCUCAGAACGGUGAACUGAAUCUUGAGUUCGGGCACCGUAAGAAAGCAAAGAGAGCGACGACGAGGAGAAUGAGAUCGAAUUGGACAUCCAAGGUUGAGGAAGGAGGAGCUGAGGGAGAUAGCCGAGAAGAUGGGGAUGAAGGGUUUAGGGAGUUUGAUCAGGAUUUGGAUAGUCCGUUAAAGGAGCAGAGCCCGGUUGAUUCUAUGGAUAACUUUGCGCUUGAUAUGUGGCACGGGCAUAGGAGAACGGGCACGGGUCGGCAUAGGGUUUCAGAGGGUAGAGAAAACGAUGCAAUGGAAAUGGAAAAUCUCCCGGAAUCAGAUUCGAGGGACCGAAAUUGCAGUACGAGCGAAGGAGUGAGGACUUGGCUAAUUGAAUUGGGAUUGAGCCGAUAUGCUUCUGUUUUCGAGGUACACGAAGUGGAUGAUGAGGUAUUGCCACUACUAACCUUGGAGGAUCUUAAAGAUAUGGGUAUUAACGCUGUGGGUUCCAGGAGGAAACUGUACUCUGCAAUUCAGAAGCUUCGAAAGGGGUUCUCACAACAUUUUCACAGGCGCUGAUACGGAUUAUGGCUUAGCUGGCAUGGAAGGCCUUCAAGUUUGCUUUUACAGAGUGCUAUUGAUGGAAAAUAAUUUGGUGUAUGCUAUAAUCUUUUUCCUGAGGAGUAUCAGGGACACACUCACUUCUCUUAGUAUUACGUGUGCAUGCACAAAGUUUUGUAUUUCUUCAGGUUUUCAAACCUAAUCUCUGUGGUCAUCUCUCAGGCAUGUGAACCAUUAAAAACUGAACUUUAUAAUUGGAUGUUCUGUAGAAAGUUUGGACAUUUGUCAGGCACAGAGCAAAUUGGGGAUGUAUACUUUUAAAGUGUAGAGGUUCUUAGCUUGCUGAUCCGUUGAAAUUCUAGGGAUUGAGACAGAAUGUAGUAAAGAUGUAAAUGUCCAGCUUGUAAUAGUUACUCCAUAAAUAUGGUUGUUUUUUGUAUUAAUUCCACUUGUAAUUUAUUUUCACACCUAGCCCAAUAAAAGGAUGAGAAUUCUUUAUUAAAUCUGUAAGCCCUAUCCAUGAAUCAUGGCUGCUUUCAAUUGCACUACUUAGUAGAAUGAUUUUUGUUUCACUAUUGUUUUAGAAAAAAACAAAAUUAUCCCACUUUUGUUUGUUCCUAUUGAAGACAUACAUACAUCAUGUCAUGAUGGCUGUGGCGUGGCCAAAUUUGUCCCUUUACAAGCUUAUAAAGUUGAAGCUCAGUUAUAUGUAUUAGUGCAAAAGAGUAAGGAAGAAAAUUUUGAGAAAUAGAAGGAAAAAGAAAAAGAGAGUAACUUUUCCCUAACUAAUCAGAAACGAUUAUAAUUAAAUAUGAAGAUGGGGAUAUAGUUUGGGUACAUUUUGAGUUAUGUUAUUUACCCCCCAAAAAGAAAAACAUCGUAUACAUAUCAUUUUGGGGUUCUCCAAACUAUUUUCUCCAAUUAGAGAAGUGAAUAAAGAAAUUAAAAUUAAAAAAAAAAAAAAAAAACAGAGCCCAUU